AAACCUGUUUUUUUUUUCUCAAAAGUGUUUUGGUUUGGUAAUGUACGUCUCCUGAACAAUUGAGAUUUGAGAGUCGGUGGUUAAAACUAAACCGUGAGAUAAACCAACCGGUGCUUUAAUUAAUUUUGCACCCCCAAUAUAAGCAACAACGAACUCCUACGUGGCGGAUGGUCGAGACGGUCAUGGCGAGCCUCUAACUCCCCACCAACUGCCGCCUCUCGUCGCCUCGCCUCGCCGGCGCCACCUCCGCAUUCCGUUCCGACCAGCCGAUCGGUUUCUUCCUCGCCGUUGCAACCUUCGAGCGCGAUCGAUCGAGGCGGUUGACCGCCGAUUCGCCGCGCGGCGUUGCAUUGCACGCGGCUUUCCAGUUGAUAAAUCAAUCAUCAUCCCCUUGAUCGAUGCGAGUGGCGUUCUUGUUCGAUCGAGAGGAGGAGAUCGUGAUCGCGAGCGAUCCGGGCGGGGCGGCGCGCCAUCGAUGGCGAACUGCGUGCGGUGCUGCUGCUGGCUCCUGGUGCUGAUGCUCAUGGCGCUCGCGAUCACCGCCGCCGUGGUGUUCGUCCGCUACAAGAACGGCGAGGGGGUCUUCCCCUUCCCCGGCGUGCCCGGCGCCGUCGACCACAAGUACGCCGACGCGCUCGCCGUCGCCCUCCAGUUCUUCCAGGUCCAGAAAUCCGGGAAGCUGGUGAACAACACGAUCCACUGGAGAGGUGACUCGGCGCUGGACGACGGCAAGGAGGCCGGGAUUGAUCUCUCCAAGGGGAUGUACGACGCCGGCGACCACAUGAAGUUCGGAUUCCCCAUGGCGUUCACGGCCACCAUGCUCUCUUGGUCCGUCCUCGAGUACGGCGACGCCAUGCGCGCCGCCGACCAGCGCGACUCCGCCAUUGACGCGCUGAAUUGGAUCAUGGAUUACCUCGUCAAUGCCCACCCCUCCGACGACGUCCUCUACAUCCAGGUGGGUGAUCCUAAAGCAGACCACAAGUGCUGGGAGCGGCCGGAGAAGAUGAAGGAGAAGAGGCCACUGACCAAGAUCACGCCCAAGUCCCCCGGCAGCGACGUGGCGGCGGAGACGGCGGCGGCCAUGGCGGCGGCGUCGCUGGUGUACAAGACGAUCAACAAGACGUACUCGUCGUCGCUCCUGGACCACGGCGAGAGGCUGUUCGCCUUCGCCGACAAGCACCGGGGAUCCUACACCCGGACGUUCCCGGAGCUCAGCGCGUUCUACAACUCCACCACGUACCAGGACGAGCUCCUCUGGGCGGCGAGCUGGCUCUACCACGCCACCGGCAACCACAGCUACCUCGCCUACGCCACCGGCAAGAACAAGGACUUCGCCGACCUGGGCAACCCGAGAUACUUCAGCUGGGACGACAAGCGCGCCGGAACCGAGGUUCUUUUGUCGAGGGUGAGCUUCUUUGCUUCGCAAGGAUCAGACGUUGCACAAGACGAUGUUCUUGGGAUGUACAAGCAGACUGCUGAUGCCGUCAUGUGCAUUCUCCUGCCGGAUUCAGAGACCGCCGCUUUCAGAACAGAAGGUGGUUUGCUGUACGUUGCCGAGUGGAACUCACUCCAGCACCCGGUGGCAUCGGCGUUCCUCGCCGCGGUUUACAGCGACUACAUGCAGAGCUCCGGGAAGACGGAGCUGAGCUGCAGCGGGCAGGGCUUCUCGCCGGCCGACCUGCGCAAAUUCGCCAAGUCCCAGGCGGAUUACUUGCUAGGCAGCAACCCGAUGAAGAUUAGUUACCUAGUCGGGUACGGCGACCGGUACCCGGAGAAGGUGCACCACCGCGGCGCGUCCAUCCCGGAGGACGUCGACACCGGCUGCGACGGCCACAAGUGGCUGGAGACGUCCAAGCCCAACCCAAACGUCGCCACCGGCGCGCUCGUCGGCGGUCCGUACAAGAACGACAGCUUCGUCGACGAGCGCGACAACGUGAUGCAGAACGAGGCCACCACCUACAACAGCGCCCUCGUCGCCGGCUUGCUCUCCGCCCUCGUCUCCACCUCCUCCCUCGCGCGAUCCUUGUCAUGAUCUGCAUUGCUCGGAUUCUGACGGUUUACCACUCAUUAGAUGGCAUGCAAAUGCUGGCUCAAACUGAUGAAGAAAUGGUAGGGAGGAUGUUGUAUCAUGGAUCGAAGAAGUCGGUGAUCUGUAUGUGAAAAGGGUAAUUAGUACUGUACUAGUACUUAUACUUACUAACAAAAAUAAUCAUUAGAAACUACUUUUGUUUGUUCAA